CAAAAAAAUGAAAACAAGUUUUCUCUUAAGUGAUUCUUGCUUUUCUCGGGGGAAUUUUAUGAAAUUAUCCUUUUUGUGUUGGCCGCAAUGGUUUGUUGUGUUUACGUUUACGUGAAUAAUCGUGUAAAAUUACGUCAAGGACAAACGUAGAGAGUGAUAUAUAACUUAAUCAUUAUUGUAAUGUAAUUUAGUACGUAAAUAGUGAAUAUACAUACAUUUUAAGAAAUCUUUGAAAAGGAGUUUCUACUACUGGCUGUGUCUGUACGCUUCGUUUAGAUUAUUACGACUUUUAGAAUUUGUUUAUUUUAUAAUUUCAAUCUACACUUUCAAUUGGGUUAAUAUCCUCUCCCAUUUAUUUUAGCUUUCUCCUAAGGUCCUUCACACGUUGCGUUUCCAAUACCUUCAAGCCCAUUCCACUCUGGCCUUGCCCUCCUUUUUCUGUUUGCCUCCAGUCUCUGUGUACCUUCCACUCGCGGUCUUUCCUCCUUCUGUGCAACCUAUAUCCCAGCUUCACCCAUUGAUUACCAACAGCCUCUACCUGCUUCCUCCUCUGUAGUGUUUCCCACACCAGCUCCUUGAUCAUCACUGACUAUUACCCUGCACUGUGCCUCCAUCAUGGGCCUGGCCAGUGUGCAGUACACUGUUCCCUUCAGUCCCAGCCCUGCUUCCCCUUCUGUGCCACCAGCUGUACCUGCUCCCAUCGCGGGUUGUUCUGCAGGGUUGCCCGAGGUCUUGUAAUAGUCUGCCUCCCUUAUAUCCUGCCCCUACAGCAGUAAACUGCCUUUAACACAUAAACCUAACCAUCUACAUCUUGUUUAUGUUGUGGUGCACAUAAAUUCAGGCAGGCAAAGAAAAUAAUCUUACCUUCAAAUUUUUUAGAUUUUUUUUUUAAUUUGACAUACAUCUUAACUUAGUUCAAAGAAAAUGAGAAACCUGUAUUUUUUUUGGGUUCGAAAAAAUUAUUUGUUGGAGAUAUAGGAUGCCAAAGAUAGGGCCUCUAGCAUCUUUUGUGAAUUUUGGCAAGAUUCUAAAACACUUUGGCUCUGGAAAAAGCCGCAAGGAUGAGUGACCAGCUAGGACUCUCGGGCGUGCAGGUGAAGGAGAUAUGCAAGGAGCCCGACCCGGCCACUAAGGAGUACAUCUUCCAGCAGACCAUGUACCGCAUCAAGGACCCGCGGCGCUCACUGCCGUUCUACACGGGCGUGCUAGGCAUGCGCCUGUUGCAGAAGCUAGACUUCCCCGACAUGAAGUUCUCGCUCUACUUCCUGGGCUACGAGAGAGCAGACGACGUGCCGGCUGACCCGCGAGAGCUGGCCGAGUGGACCUUCUCUCGCAAGGCUACGCUGGAGCUCACGCACAACUGGGGGACGGAGAGCGACCCCGACUCACAUUACCACAACGGCAACUCUGAGCCUCGAGGAUUUGGACACAUCGGCAUCAUGGUCCCGGAUGUAGACGCUGCCUGCGACAGGUUUCAGCAGCUCAACGUGGAGUUUGUGAAGAAGCCAAGUGAAGGCAAGAUGAAGGGGCUGGCGUUCAUAAAGGACCCGGAUGGCUACUGGAUAGAAAUUCUGAACAACAAGACGAUGGCAGCUGGGCCGUGACCCCACCACGUGUGUUCUCCGGACAGCAGUGUGUUGUAACGCCUCACAGCACACAAAGGGGUGUAUUUUUUUCAUUCAGUAAAAUGUUAUCAGUGUUUGUUCUGUAUCACAAUGAAGUAUUGUCUUAUAAA